CGUUCAUACCGAUUGCAUUGCACGUGUUUGGUUGGGUUCGUGAGUUAACUUUGCGGCCUUUAUUUUGAAGAUUUCUGAUAACCAUGGGUAAAUUUCGUUCGAAAUUGAAACGCCAUGGCAAGGGCAAGACAUGGCGCAAAGGAGAGUCGGCCAAAUCCAACCCGGACCAGAUGAAGCAUCGCCUCAAAGCAAAGUCGCGCUUCUUUCAGCCAAAUUUGAGUUUGGCUGCAGCUGCGGCUGUGUCCGCCCCCAAUGCCCUCACAUUGGAGGCAGUGCACAAGCACGAACAGCGUCAGGCCUACAAUGCGGAGACAACAACAGUCAACGAUGUGGCAGGCAGCUUAAUGAGCUUCACCCUGAACGAUGACGACGGAAUGUCCGCCACGGGCACACAGCCCACAGCGACGUUUAGGACGUUCAAAACUUUCGCAUCCAACUACAGCAGCUGCAGCAAUGUGAGCUUCAAGAAGCUGCUCACCGGUUUCCGGGCCUCGUCCGAUCUGCACAAGGAAAUGCUGGCCAUACUGAGCGCCCUCACUGAUAUUAUACGCGAGAAUGGCGGCAGCGAGUCCUCCACCGAGUACUUUCUGCUGCUCAUGGAGCAAAUCGAAGCUUCGACCGAAGAGCGCGACACCAUUGCAGGCAUCGCGCUGCUCUCCAUGGGCAUCAAGUCUGUGCCGGCUCCGGUGCUGAGGAAACGUUUCAGCCAAACGGCUGCCACAGCCCAGAGCCUGUUGAAACGCUUCAUGGACUCCACCAACCAGUCGGUCAUUCGUUAUCUCAUUGGCUGCAUGUCAGUGCUGCUGCGUGCGCAGGACUAUGCCACAUGGACCUACAGCUCCACCACACAAUACUUUGAUGCUCUACUCGCGUUCACCAUUCACUCAAAGCCGAAAAUACGCAAAGCAGCACAGCACGCCAUUGUGUCCAUCAUCCACGGCAGCUGCUUCAUUCUGCCUCCUGCGCCGCCCGCCGAAGGAGAGUCGGAGGAGCAGCCGCAGCAACCCAAAGUGAAUCACCAUCCGGCAAGCGUUCGUGUGGCCAAAUUCUGUUUGGCCCAAUUCAAGCCCGAGGUGCUGGCCAAUGCCCAGACGACAGUGCUCCACACACUGGCCCUGCUCAAGGACACCUUGUCAGGGUUCCGCACAGAGGAGAUACGCUCCGUGUGCGAGAAUCUGCUGUCGAUAAUGACGGCAGCGAACAUUAUGGUCCGCUCCAGCUGCUUCCAGGCGCUGCAUGCGCUCUUCCUCACGCGCAGCGCCAACCUGAAGGCCACGCUCUGUGGCAAGUUGCUGGCCGCCAUACACGAGUAUCGGCCGGAUCGCUCGGAUGUGCGACAAACGCUCACCUGGAUCACAGUGCUCAAGGAGGGACACCUGCACUUGGCCACGCUGCGGCCGGACCUCUGCAUGCAGGCCCUGCCCCGCCUCUUCGAGGUGUGCACCACCGACCUGUGGCUCUCGGAUCGCAGCGAGCUUGUCGUUGGUGUCUCCAACUGCAUCAAGGAGCUGCUGCAGGACUGCGUGACGCCCGCUUGCGCCACGCCCGAAGACGCACAGCGCCAUCGACAGAGCGUCUCCCGCAUCAUUGGGGCGCUGCACAAAGUGCUCAGCGCACCAUUUGGCGAGAUAUCCAAAUAUGUCAUCCUCAUCUUCUCCAUUGUGUUCGAGGCAUGCGGCAAGCACUUUGCCGCCGAGCUGACACCCUCGCUGCUGACAAUCGGCAAGCGGUACGACAGUCAGAGCAGCAUGAGGCUGCAGAUUGAACACACGAUGAUCAGCGGCAUCAGGGCAUUGGGACCCGAACUGGUGCUGACAGCCAUUCCCCUGGCCGAUGGCAAGGGCGGCAUGCAGCUGGAGCGCUCCUGGCUGCUGCCCCUGCUGCGUGAGGGUGCGAAGGGUGCGAGUCUGCAGUUCUUCAAGGAGCACAUUGUGCCCCUGGCCACGAACUGCCAGGACAAGUGGAAGGAGUUUGCCGCGGCGCAGAACACCUCAUCGUCGCACAUAUACGAGCUGCUGUGCUGCCAGCUGUGGGGCCUCUUUCCGGGCUUCUGCCGGCAACCGCGCGACCCAGAGUACCUGCGCCAGCUGGCACCCACCAUUGGCUCAGUGCUGCAGAAGAAUCCCGAGUUCCGAGCGCCCAUCUACGAUGGUUUGCUCGAGCUGCUCGGCGAUGGCCAGAGCGAGAGCUGCCUAACGGCCAUCGGGCAGUACGCAAAGAACUUUCUGCCGCGCCUCUUCAACAUUUACUGCCAAAAGCCCAAUGGCUCGUAUGAGGCGGAUCAGCGCAAGCGGGCCCUGGAGGUGAUUCGGCUGUACAUUGGCCGUGCUCCGGCCGACAUACAGGCGGAACUCUUCGAGAGCGCACAGAGCCAGCUGGCCAGCAGUGCCGUGGCCAGCUUCGAGUAUGACGCGAUGUUUGACAUCAAUGCGGCAAUUGUGCGGGUGCAAAAGUGUCGCGGGAUUGAGGCUUACUUCGAGAAGUACAUGGCCCCAGUGCUGCGCAACGACAAGUCCAAGCUGGUCUCCCGCGACGAGCAGAAACUGAAGAAGCAACAGCGAAAGACCUACGAGCUGCUGCGUGAGCUGAUGACCUCAGAGCUGCCGUCGUGCCAGAAGUUUACGCGCAAGAAUUGCAAUGCCCUGCAGCAGCUGCUGCUCGAGGCAUUCGCCACCAGCUGCAGCGUGUGCCAGGCCUCGCGUUUGUACUGCCUGAAGUCGCUGCUUGAGUGCCGCAGCAAUCUUACGCACAAUGAUCAGCUGGUCAUGAAGGCCAUACCGGAGGCUGUGCUCAACUAUAAGGAGUUCUCCACGCGCAAGGAGCAGGUGGCCGAGCAGCUCAUCAAAUUCAUUGCCCAACUGUAUCAGGAGGCGGAGAAAAUCAAUGACUUUAUGGACAUACUUACGGCCGGGUUUGCCGGCGACGAGUCGCUGAUUACGAACACAAUUCUCGCCUUCAGGGCCGUGGUGCAGCAGCAGGGCCAGCAUCUGACGGUGGCCACACUCGAGUUCAUUUUGCAGCAAGUGUCCGUGUUCCUCGUGCAAAAGUCGCGCCAUCAAUCGGAGGCUGCUGUCGCCUUCCUCAUUACAUUCAUCAAAGUGAUGCCCAUACCGCUGGUGGCCAACCACCUGGAGACGAUUAUGCGCUCCCUGUCGGCCAUGACAAAGGACACGAAACGGUAUUGCCGCAUUCAGAUCGGUUACUUCCUCAAGAAGCUGUGCAAACGCUUCACCACCGAGGAGCUGGCCAGCUAUGUGCCCGGCGAUGAUGAAAUCACACAUCGUCGCCUCAAGAAGAUUCGCAAGCAAAUGCGACGCGACACGCGCAAAAAACAGAGCGACGAGGCGGCCGCACAAGCGGACAGCUCCGACGAUGAGCUCGUCGGUGGCUUGGAGCAGAAGAGCCAAACCAUUGAUGACAUUUUGGCUGAUUCGGACUCGGAUCUGCCGGAGGAAAUGGAUGCCGAGGAUGAGGGAGCCACAGCUGGCGCUGGCAAGCGACGAAGCAAGGCCAAGCAGCAGCGCAGCACCUACAUACGCGAGGAUCCCGACGAGAUAGUCGAUCUGGCCGAUCUCAAGUCCAUUGGCAAUGUGCUGACAAGUGGAUCCGCUGCCACAGUUGGCCCGAGCAAGAGCGUAAAGGCCAAGCCACAGCUGGCCAAUGGCGGCUUCAAGACUGCCGAUGACGGACGUCUCAUUAUCAGUGACAAGGCACUGCGUGGAAAGGCUGGCGAUGAAGAUUCCGACUCGGAUUCGGACUUCUCGGCGGACAGUGACGCUGAGGCAGCUGCCAGUGGCAAGGGCAAGGCCAAGCGCGGCAUGGAGGAGGACUCCAGCGACGAGGAGCAGCUGCAGCAGCAGCAGCAACUGGCCAGUGGCAAGCGCAAGCGCAAGCACAGCGAUGCCCAAAGCACGCGUUCCGGCAAGACCAGCACCAGCACGAGAUACACGGCCGGUGGCAAGGGUAUUCAUCGGCAGUUGGGUGCAGGCGCUGCUCCACCAGCAACAGAUGCCAUGUCCGUGCGUUCAGGGAAAUCUGCGAGGCCAGCGGGCAGUGAGUACAGCAGCAAAAAGGCCAAAGGGGACAUGAAGAAGCGCGGACAGCUGGAUCCGUAUGCCUACAUACCACUGACCAGGAAUACGCUGAACAAAAGGAAACGUUCAAUGAACUCGCGCAAUUUUAAGAAUGUUUUGCGUGGCGCUGGUGCCGAGGUUGGCACUGGCAGAGUUGGCAAGAAAUAGAGGGAUAAUCACUGGCACUUGGGUCGUAAAGCUAUACAGAUAAAAGCCACGGGAUGGGGCAGAUUUUCUCGCUUGUUAAUUUACUAAAAAACAACAAAAAUAUAUAACUAAAUAAACGUA